AAAGGAAAGUGUUAGAGAAGGUUCCUUCUCCAUUGAAGUUUCUUCCUCUUUGGCCUAAUCUUCUCAAUCUCUAUAUAAAGACAGCUCAACUCAUUAACAAGCACAGCAAAAAACAUACCUUCCAUUUCAUCCCAAGUAUUAUAGACUCGAAAAAAAUGGCCACCAUCUCUUGCGAUCCAAGGCUUCAUCAUCCAGUAGGCAAGGCUAAUAAAAAUGGAGUCACAGUUGAAGAGAUUGAAGGGCUUAUUAAAGUUUACAGAGAUGGACGCAUUGAAAGACUUCCGAUUGUUCCUAACGUACCUUGUGCUGGAAUUCGAGAAGAUGGUGUGACAGCUAAAGAUGUUAUUAUUGACAAAUUCACUAACUUAUGGGCACGUUUUUACGUUCCAAACUUCCCCGGCAGCAGGAUUCCUUUGCUUGUUUACUUCCAUGGAGGUGGUUUCUGUGUUGGCUCAGCUGCUUGGAGCUGUUAUCAUGAGUUCUUAGCCAAUCUUGCUUCUAAAGCAGGUUGCAUCAUCAUGUCCAUAAACUACCGUCUAGCUCCAGAAAAUCGUCUCCCUGCUGCUUAUGAUGAUGGCAUCAACGCUCUUAUGUGGGUAAAACAGCAGGCUGUGAUUGGCUCUUCUGAGCAGAAAUGGUGGUUAAGUCAGUGCAAUUUCUCCAGCUUGUUCCUGGCAGGUGAUAGUGCUGGUGCCAAUAUAGCUUACAAUGUAGCUACAAGACUAGGAACCAAUCUCACAAAUGAAUCCAGCUUAAAGCCAUUGUAUCUCAAGGGUAUCAUCCUGAUCCAACCCUUCUUCGGAGGAGAGACACGAACAUCAUCGGAGAAAAAUAUGAUUCAACCAGCCAAUUCAGCACUAAAUUUAUCAGCCUCUGAUGCAUAUUGGAGGUUGUCACUGCCUUCAGGGGCUAAUCGUGAUCAUCCAUGCUGCAAUCCUCUGGCAAAUAAACUCCGAGAUUUGCAGCUUCCAUCUGUUCUGGUUUGCAUAUCAGAGAUGGACAUUCUCAAAGACAGGAACUUGGAAUUCUGCACUGCGUUGGCUAGUUCUGGGAAGAGAGUGGAGAAGGUUAUUUACAAAGGAGUUGGACAUGCAUUUCAAAUUCUGAACAACUCUCAUUUCUCUCAAAUUAAGGUUCAAGAAAUGAUAUCACAUUUCAGAGCUUUCAUCAAUCAAUGAUGAGAGGAUAUCUAUUGACCCAUUUUGGUUUCCAUGAUUCUAUCUUUUCUUUAUUGGAAUCCUGCCAUAUACUUUCGUUAGAAAAGCUUUUAGAUUUCAUUGAUUAUGUUUGUUUAUAAGUUUCCUGCACUACUAGGCAGGCAAUAUACUGCUGAAGUACUAGUUUAAUGGCUUUUUUAUGCUAGUCUUUGCCUUGUAUCUUUUUUCUCUUUUCUUUUCUAAUUUUCUGAUGAAGUCAGUUUAUUCUACAUUCUACAACUUUCGUCUUGAUAUCCUCAGUGUCAAAAGAAAGCACACAAUAAUAACUUGCUUUUGCUUUUGACCAAAGCAUCAUUUUUCUUCUUUUCAUAUCUAGGCCACAUUUAUUUACUUUGUAG